UCAUCGAGCCGCCAGCCAGCAAGCAAACAGGUACGCACAGGUAAUUCUUGGGAACUGAAUCCUCUAGCUGACGUCAGCUAUCAUUUCAGUGAAUUUUACACAGCUGACCUACUUAACACAGACAGGGUCGAUUGCUGUAUGCAAUUUCUAAACCACGCCAUACAGAUACCUUGUCGGCUGGUACACUCGACGGAGCAACAUGAAGGUUAGCUUUGUUGUAUUAUUGUUGGUCGUAUGUGUAGCCUACAGCGCCAUCGACCUUACGAGUGCUCAAAGUGUUUUGGGAGAAUGUGUGAACGAGACAUUGGUAUUGGGAGCUGCCUGCAAGGCGAAACCACAACAUCCUAACUUUUUUAAAUUGAUAGAAGGGCUCAUCGAAAAAGAUACGGCUCUUCUUGUGUUAGAGCUGACCAUUCCUGAUGUCGACCCGAACGUUCGGAAGCGCCACAGAUUUGACCUGGUCAAGACGGAUUUAGGAGAGACACUUUUGACACUCAAAUCACAACUGGAAUUUCUUACCAUAAAUCUUCCCCUCCUGAGCGACAGAGUAGACCGACAACCUAUGGAAUUGAUCCCCUCUCCCCCCGGAUGUUUAACUAACAUAACGAUAACCGAUGCUCUAGUGAAAAACUGGCUUCUUUGUGGACUAACAAAGGACAAAGACGGCGUCAAAAAGUUAUUGGUCAAGAAAGUGUGCUUAGCAAAACCUUACGAGGAACCCGACGAUUGGUUCUUGUUCAGAGAUACCUAUUACCACGAGUGUACUGAAACAUCUAUAAAAGAUUCAGACUGGAUAAUGUUAAAUGAAGAUCCAUUGGUUCGACUGGGGGCAGCCACCUGUACAGACGACAGUCAAUCUGGUACGCCUAUCAACGUAUAACCUCAACCCAGCUGUCUUGGAUGACCUUGGGUUGAACAGAAACAAUGUCGCGUACUCUCUCAACAAGAAAGGACGAUGGCUGGUACCUCAGAUUCUGAAACACGAAUUAAACAACAGUGAUGAAAAUUUCAAAGUUGACCUUGUCGAAUGUCAUAAGCUGAAACGCAAAAUCAAAUACACACGGUUCCAUUCAAAUGAUGGCUUUCCGAGAAAGGUUUCACCUAAGAAAACUUACUUUGAUUUGAAUAGCCUCGAAUGUAAGACAUCAGCUCCUACAGUAGAGAUUAUAACUCUGUGUCCGACGACGAGCUCACUCGCACGUUAUUCUAAAUACCUCGAUUACACAUCGACACAGGGUGAUGAUGACACGAGCGAAACUUUCCACAAAGAAUCAAAUCGUCUGAAAAACAGAACAAGGACACAGAGAACGAAGAUGUUCAUGGAUAUGGCAAUGGAUGAGUGCCAGGAUGAAUUUGACUAUUCCGAGAAUGAAGACGAUGAUAUAGAUCCUGACGAGGACGCUUACAAACCACGUCCAAAUACGUUGUGCGUCGGCGACAUCCUGUUUCAUUCUAACGACAUGCAAGAAUUACUCUGUAGAGAACUGAUCUCGUCUAAAAGUACAGAUGCUCUGAGAAAACAAUACAACAAACAUCCACCUGCAGAAGAACGAGAGAUGGAGAAUGGAGCGACAGGGGGUCAUUCAAUGACACGCCCUUCCUUAACUACUUCAAUACCAAGACAUAUCACUAUCUUCAUACCAAAAACAGAAGUGCUAACGGGACAUCUUCAGGAAGUGUUUGGUGAAAAUUAUAUCGAAUGUCGCUGCUUCCCACGUAAAUUCGUCAUUGACAUUACCGAGAAAGUAACAAGCACAAUUUUGAAAUUUAAAGCUUUCCAAAAUAGAGAUAUGAAUAUAGUUGAACUCUCAGCAGUCUUAGUCUUUGCUUACGAUAUGUUUGGAAGUCUCGACAGUACAGACAUGGACUCAUUCAAAGUCUCCAUCAACAUGAAAACAACGCAAUCGUGCCUCAAAUUAAACACUCUUCCUGAAAAGGGUGUAUUUGGAAUUGAAGAAAUAAUUCAGGGGGCUAUAUCCUAUAUCGCAACUAUCCUCUGUGGCAACUUUGUUUCUAAGGAUAUACCGUCGCCCAAAACCAUACCAGCUAAAACAAACCACAAUAUUUUGAAAUUGUAUACCACAGAGAUUACAUCUGUUUCCCCAGAAAACAUCACCAUCAGAGACAUACUGAAAGAAAACAGAAAGAAACAUGAUACAUCGAUGGUAAAUGUUGACUUUGAGUCACUUCCACCUGAUACUUGUUCUAUUUGUUUUGAAUCCAUUCUUGAUAGUCCAGCGACCGCCCUACAGACCUGUGGACAUUGGUUUUGUGAUAGUUGUUGGAACGAUCAUGUGAUCACGACAGCCGGUUGCAGCACAAGGCGAAUCACAUGCCCAGAAUAUAAAUGCCAAUCUACUGUUGAUUACGACAUCUUGCUUACAACAUCAAAUAUACAAAUAGUGAAAAAAGUAUUCCAACGUCUAAUUGACAAGGAGACUGACAAAGAAGCUAGCUCCAAGUGGUGCCCAAAUAAAAAGUGUGGACGUGUUAUUAGAUAUAAAAACAAGGAAAUCGGACAAAUCAUGAAUGUCACUUGCGAGUGCGGAACAGCGUUUUGUUUCGAUUGCUUACAACCAGUUCAUUGGCCACUGUCAUGUAGAGACCACGACAAGUACUUGGAGAAAUUAAAGGAACACGGACAUAUUGACAAAGACGCCAAAACUGAAAAAGUUUUCACGUUUACCGUCCGCGGAAAGCGCUGCCCUGUCUGCAAAACUUUCAUUGAAAAGGAAGGUGGUUGUUUUACCAUGUCAUGCAUAUGCGGCACUAAUUUCUGUUGGGGAUGUCUCAAAACAUGUGACUCUCAUCCACGGACUCGUUGUUACAAGGGUGAUAUGUAUAGUACUGAUGGUGAUAAUUAUCGAGCAAAAAAAGAGAAGAUUGUCCAACGCAUCAAUGGCUGCUCCAAUAAUGACCAACCUGACUGGUACAAACGCGCCGUGAUGAUUCGCUCUUGGCGCAACCCUUCCAAGGUGAAGGUUAUGUCGUCUACUAUUCGAGGUAUGUGUAGAACACUGAGGUCAUAUAAACGACGUCAGGAUGCAGGGAUCGGUGCAGAACUGGAAAACUUUGAAUUGCCCGAGUCACACCAGCACACCUGUGUAACGGAUAAAACCCACCCAUUCCUUACGAGUAUGAUCGGCGUAUAUCUGGAGGCGUCUCUCAUCUGUGAAUACACCACAGUCUUCCUAGAGAUGUGUAAAAAUCAAAACAUCACACAGAUCCGAGAUUGCCUCCAACGCCUUACCAAAGAAAUUCACACGAUUUUAAGAGAUUCGAACAAUGUACAUUUGAAAUCAUCCUUCACACGUCUUUUUCAUCUUCGUAUUGAAUGUGUUAAAGUAAUUAAUAAAUUGUUUGACACAAUUGAGUAAAAUGUUUUAAGGAACCCUGUACCACUGCCCAAAAUCGUACUCAUGAUUUAAACAUUUCUGAAAAUAAAAUCAUACCUUGCAGAUUUUUAUCUAAAAAUUGAACAUAUCAAAAAGAACUAAACUAAAAGAAUUAUUAACAGUGUUCUGAGUGACAAUGGAACCAGAUCAGGAUUCGAACCCUGGACCUCCAGUAACUAUACUACUGCACGCUUCAACCAACACACCUACUGGUACCUGGUCAGUGGUUCUUACUUCCUAGUCGCAAUACAGUUAUACACAAAUAAGAAUCUAAGGGAGGAUACGGUAUGGUCAGAAACUAACAGUGGAAUUCUCCCGUGUUUUAUAGUCAGUGGUACAGGGAUCCUUAAUAACGAUGACAGUUUGAAUGCCUUUGAACAAAAUGAUGGAGUAUUUGUAAAUCAAACAUCAUUAACAAAGCAGUAUAUCAUACAAUACUCAUAUAUUUACUCGCGUUUUACUUCAAUAAAUAAUGAA